UUUUUUUUUUUUGAGAUUUGGGUUUUUUAACUUUGAGUUUUUUGGUGUUUAAAAGUUGCAUGCACUGAGAAAUUUUGAUAUUGGUUGGUUCAAUAGAAAAUGGAGUCUAAAAAUUCUAGCCAUGAUCUAUUUUUUUUCCAGCAUUUUAAAAAAACUAUGAUUUUUUUAUAUAUUUUUUGGUUUUUUUUGUCUUUAUUUGCUUGGAUUUUAUUUUAUCAAUUAUUUAAUUUUGUUCUGGAGGUGAGAUUUAUUCUUGUAAUAAUUCAUUUGUUCUUCAAAUAUUAUUAUCAUGGUUGAAUAUUUCCUUUAGGAAUGUUGUUUAUAAUCUUAAUUUCUUAUGAUUAGAUGUUGUUCUAAUCACUUAGAAGUUUGAACCAUCGUAAAAUUCAUCCAUGGCAGCCCUUGUUUUUAUUAAGUUAUUCGAGGAAAAUACGCGGUAUUCAGUUCUAAUUGUUGCAUGUUGUAAAUUGGAAAUGCCAUCAGAUCAUGAACCUUAGAUUGUUUGUUGUAUUGAUAGGUGAUUGUAUCAAUGAAUGGCAUCGUGUUCUAGGUUUCAAGGUUAAUCCGGAUAAAGGGUGUUUAUGUGAACGUCUGAAAUUUACGCUAAUACGUUCGGUUGAUGGAUUAGAGAUAUUUCGGAUACUUCACUAAUCCGACAACCGAUCCAUGAAUUUUUUCAUUUGGUUCACUGGAAGAUGAGACCAAUGCAUGAGGUUUCUUGGUAAUGCAGAAGUUAUCUAAUGGGGAAGAUUGUGUAUAAGAUCGUGUAUUGGUUGGAAGUUUAGUCGUAUUAUUUUCUGUAUGUUAGAUUGCAGGGAGCUAUAAUAAUGAUACGAAAGAAACUAAGAAUGAAGAUAUCGAUCUUUCUUUCUUUUUAAUAUUCGAGAUUGAAGGACAGCCGGAUCCAAGAGGCUUGGACUAUCGAUGCUUGUGCUUAAAAUGCUACGUGUUUCCAUUGGUUAUUUCUCUCGAACGUGAGAGAUCAGUUCGAGAGAAAGAUAAAGUGCAGCCUUCUAGAGUUAUUCGUGCUAUGACCAGUCUAUUCGUUUUGAAUUGUUGCAUGUUACCUUAGAUUGUUUUUGUAUUGAUAGGUGAUUGUAUCAAUGAAUGACAUCGUCUUUGAAUCAUGUUUUAGGUUUCGAGCGUAGUCCAGAUUAAGGGUUUUAUGCAAAAGUCUGAAAAUUUACACAUUUUCUGGAAUCCAGGACGAGAACUGCAAGAGUUCUUUAAUGGGGAAGAUGCUAGCUAACUGCGAUUUUGUGAAAGGUGAAGAGCAGACCGAAGAGAAUAAAGUUUCUUUAGACGUGAAUAAGAAACGAACCGUAAAGACACCGGCUCAGGUUAUGGCUCUGGAGAAAUUCUACAAAGAGCUUCGGUUUCCUUCUGAUGAAAUGAAAGCACAAAUCGCACUUCAAGUAGGGUUGACUGAAAAGCAAAUAUCUAGUUGGUUUUGUCACAGAAGGUUAAAAGACAAAAAGAGAGAUGAAUAUGUUAACGGGCGAUUGGAUCAUUCUAGUGGCAUUAUUCAGGAUCGUGGUAGUGGACUCCGGCAAGAUUCUUCUGGUAGUAUCAAGGAACGGGAUUAUAGGAAUAUUGAUCCGAGGGAGGUUGAAAGUGGAUUGAUUUCUAGCCAAGAGUUUCUAGCUACUGAUCACGUAUAUGACCGUAGGAAUCAUCAAAAUCCAUACGAUGCUUGUAUGGAAGAUACAUCUUCUGAAAGUAGUUCGUCUUUACAAGAUAUGCAUUUUUCCGAAAAUCGGGGUCCUUAUGACACUAAACUUGGACAAAACGGAACCAUUACACAGAUAAACCCAAGGACGACUAAAAACACGGUUUAUAAGCCAUCAGGAUAUUUGAAGGUUAAGGGUGAGAGUGAAAAUCCUGCUAUUCUUGCUGUUAAGAGGCAGCUCGGGAGGUAUUAUAUAGAAGAUGGUCCGUUACUUGCUACUGAUUUCGAUUUACUUCCUAAUGGUGCAUUUGAAUUCCCGAGUAGCAAGGCGGUCAGUGAGCCAGUAGAUGUUGGAGAUCAUCCCCAACAGCCCCGUUCUCCUCGUAUCUCUGGAGCUAUGAAGCAGCCAAAUCUUAACGUUGUAAAUGAAGUAAAUAAUUCAAAGACAAGUUCUCAGGAUCCUUAUAUGGAGAAUGCAACCUUCAAAACCAUGUACGGGCUCGAAAGACGGAACAAGAAAUCUCGUCAUCAAUUAUACAAGUCCCAUUUUAACUCAUUCCGGGGCCAGAACUCUUCAUCGAAUAUCCACAGAAGUUCGGCCGAAAAUGCCGGUACCAUCGAUUGCAAACGAAGUAAGGCGAGCUCUAAGCUUGCUGUUGAAAGGAUGAGACCGGAUUCUUUCACUAACCAUCCUGGCCCCAAUGUUGGGAAACUCGAUAAUGAACAAGAAAAGACUUGUUUGCAUGACAACGAUAAUCGUACGUAUAAGGCCCCGAAGAACAAAAUCCCAUCUAAAACUUCAAAUUCUAAACGUGGAUGCAUUGAGUCCCCGGGUGCAAGGAUGGCAAAGGUGGAGAAGCUUGGUGGACAACGGAAGCCGAAAAAGGAGUAUCCUGUAGGAGUAAAAACCGAUCCAACAAACGAAUCGAGAGUAAGGUUGCCAAGCAAGUCAAUGUCGAUUUCCCGCGACCGAGAUCCCCUCCGUCAAUGAAUCCCACUAAAAGCUAUAGAGCUUCCAUGGAUGUACCAUCAAGCUUCAGUGAAGAUGAAGUCGCAGACACUAGUUCAUCCUCGGGUUGACACGACGUGUAUGGCCGACUGGUUCGUAGAGAAAAGGGUAGGGAUUAUAUCGAUCCCUCGGAGGCCUGUAAAAAUUGCCAUACGGAGUUUUUGUACAUUAGGCUGAGAGAGCAAUUUUGUUGGUUGUAUUUUGUCCUUGAAAUAUUUGCUCAGCUGUUAAUAUAUGUACAAAUCCCCAUCUUCACAUUGCAAGAUAUGAGGUUUUUAAUAUUUUCAAUUUAUUUUAUUUUUUUUAA